AAAAUGUCCAAACUAUGAUAUUUGGACGCAGUUUUAAUCAGAAUGACCAGCCAAAUAGUACUGUCGUUUGUUUUGGUGUUUGUGUAUACAGUGACAGCAGGAAAUCAUGACAUAUAUCAUGGGUAUUCAGUACACGGCGUUCGUCUUCGUGAUCAAGCAGACCAGAUAGUUCUUCACAAACUCGAAGAAGACUUAAAUAUAGAUGUAUGGAACCAUGGAGCACCAGAACUUCGAGACGCACUGGUCAUGGUCUCACAAGAAAAUAAGCGUGAAUUUUUGGCCACGUUGGACAAAAAUGGCAUGAAUCACUACCUCCACCUAGCUGACGUGGCAUCAUCUCUCAAAGAAUACGACACACAAGUAUCUAGUUGGAAACAGAGUAGGACUAAUAGGAUGCCGUUUGAAGACUACCCGAGAUAUGCUGAGGUUGAUGCAUAUAUGGAAAAAAUAGCUAGAGAAUAUCCAAAUUUAGUGACUCUGGUGAACGCUGGACCCAGCUUCGAAGGUCGAGCCGUCAAGUACUUGAAGAUAUCAACCACAAAUUUCGCCGACCCAAGCAAACCGGUAUAUUUCAUAGAUUCUACAAUGCAUGCAAGAGAAUGGGUGAUUGUUCCCUUCGCUUUGUAUACUAUACACCGGCUAGUAGAGAACCUGAGGGAUCAGGAUAGAGACCUCCUAGAGAACAUCGAUUGGAUUAUAAUGCCCAUGGUCAACCCUGAUGGCUAUGAAUACAGCCAUACUGAUGCACGUCUGUGGCGCCGUACUCGAUCGUUCAACGCAACUAUCAGCACGGAGUGUUGGGGUGUUGAUGCCAACAGAAAUUUCGACAUCAACUUCAAUACUCUUGGCGUCUCAUCAAAUCCUUGCUCUGACAUCUAUCCAGGCCAUGAAGCAUUUUCUGAACUAGAGGCGCGAUACAUCAGAGAUGUUAUCCUAGAAAACAUAGACCGUAUGCAAUUGUAUCUCAACGUUCAUAGUUUUGGAAACUACGUUGUCUUCGGAUACGGUAAUACAUCCUUGCCGCAAAAUGUAGUUCAGUUACACCAAGUCGGCGCAGCGAUGGGAGCAGCUAUCGAUGCAAAGAAACUCGAUAAAGCCCCUUUUUAUUUAAUUGGAAACAGCAAUUUACUGAUGUACGAAUGCUCUGGUAGUUCACAGGAUUAUGCACAGGCUGUAGGCGUACCUUUCUCUUAUACUCUGGAGAUGGCUGGGUAUGAGUAUGAUUUCCGGGUACCUCCCCAAUACAUCAAUCAGAUAAAUACAGAAACCUGGGAAGGCAUCGUCGCAUCAGCUCGCCUCGCAAACUUGUAUUAUAGAGCGAGAAGUCGUAGCUGAAAAAAGUUUGAGGAAUACAACAGGUUAAUAAGAAAACUACAGUGUUUCCUUAUAUUUAUUUGAAAUAAAGUUUUAUCACACA